AUGGACGACGCGCCGCGGCAGCCGAUAGCCCUUCUCACGCUCAUUCGGCAUGCCGAGUCCCGCGCGAACGUGGAGCGUGUACUGCAAGGCGUGACAGAUGCGCCCUUAUCCGAGCGUGGACAGGACCAAUUGCGGAAAUUGGAAGCAGCAUGGCGUCCGAUUUCAGAGACGGCCAUGAACAUGUACGAGCUACCCGCACCAUCCGUCCUUGUUACCAGCCCAAUAGGCCGCGCACGAAAAACGUCAGCAGCUGUUGCGCGCGGUUGUGGCAUUGUAGAGGUUCCGGAAGAAGACGAUACGACGUACAAGUCGCCGCCUAGCGAGGUGCCACCCCCGCAUGUAUGCCCCGACACAGUGCUGGUAGACUCCGCUCUGGCAGAGCGACAUUAUGGCAGCAAUGAAUGCACGAAGCAUUCGAAGCGAGUUCCUGGAUUUGAGCGGCCACCAGCGUCCGAGCUGGGACGAGCAGAAUCCUACGACCGCUUUGCAAAACGCGUAUGGAUAGCUGGGCAUAAAUGGCUGGCAUGGCUAGAGACGUAUGCCAAAGAGGCGCAAGCGGGGUCGCGUGAAGCGACACCCGACAACGAAGCUACGGUAACAGAACUAAACAGCCUACCUCACUUGGUCUUGGUGACACAUGGACAAUGGAUCAAUGCGUUUCUCACGCAGCAUGCGCCGACGCUACGACAAGGUUCGAGCGCGUAUUACAUUCGGAGUGACAACACAGCUCUUUUCACAAUGGAAGUAUACCCUGCCACGAAGGCCACCGAGACGCAUGUUCGUGUCAUUCGGCGCAAUGAUACGCGGCACCUGGGCCCUGCCCCCCAGACGCGACGAUCUAAGCACGUGGCACAAGCGACGACUCUGACGAGCUUGUGGCAGCGUGCAGAGAAAAGCUACACGGUGGACUUAGGUAAUAAUAUGUCAUAG